UUUUUUUUAAAUAACGCAACAGUGUUCUAUGCGUUACAUGUCUUUUUUCUUUUUCUUUUUUAAUAUAAUUAUUACCUGUGAUAUGAAAUUAGUUGCUUUAGUAAGUGGUGGUAAAGAUAGUUGUUAUAACAUGAUGCAAUGUGUGGCUAAUGGCCAUGAAAUUGUCGCUCUUGCCAAUUUGAAACCACCAAGUCAAUCAGGAAAGGAUGAGCUUGAUAGCUUUAUGUAUCAAACUGUUGGACAUGAUGCAAUUCAUUUAUAUUCUGAGUGUAUGGAUCUACCUUUAUACAGACGAGAAAUUAUAGGUGGAUCAGUAUUACAGGGAUCCGAUUAUGUUUUUACUGCUAAUGACGAAACUGAAGAUUUAUAUAUGCUUUUGAAAGAAGUAUUGGAACACCAUCCUGACAUUCAAGGUGUUUCAGUAGGUGCCAUCUUAUCAAAUUACCAAAGAGUUCGUGUUGAACAUGUAUGUAAUCGCUUGGGUCUUACUUCAUAUGCUUACUUAUGGAGAAGAGAGCAAAAGGAACUUUUAUUUGAAAUGGCAAACGCAGGCGUGAAUGCCAUUCUUAUUAAAAUUGCUGCUAUUGGAUUAAAACCAGUUCAUCUUGGAAAAUCUAUUGGACAGAUGUAUCCUUUCUUAUGUCAAAUGAACGAGCUAUAUGAUUUACAUAUUUGUGGUGAAGGAGGAGAAUACGAAACAUUCACUAUAGAUUGUCCUUUAUUUAAAAAAGAAUUGUUAUGUAAAGAGGAAACAGAGACAGUGAUCCAUUCUGAUGAUGCAUUUGCCCAAGUGGCUUAUUUAAAGUUUAAAAAGUGUUCUUUAGUAGAAAAGACUCAAGAAGAAAUGAAUAUGGGUCAAGUCAUUAUCCAAGAUUGGAAAGAAUGGAAUUCAUACGACAAAAUCAUUUCAGCAGUAAAUGAGGAAAACACAAUCAUUGAGCCAAAGAUACAACAGGUUAAACUAAAUAGAGUACAGCAGCAACAAGAAAAAAUACCUUUCAAUGAUUUGAAGCGACAUGCACCAUUUUAUGCUAUUGAAGGAACAACUGCAUUUAAUGAUGAUAGACUUAAUACUACACAGCAUUUUGAUAAAAUUGAGGAUGAGACAUUAGCUUGUAUGUUAGCUGUUCAGGAAAAGUUACAUAAUUUAGACCUGGAUUGGAAAGACGUCGUUACAAUGAAUGUAUUUGUAACUGAUAUGAAUGACUUUGGAAGAAUUAAUGCAGUUUAUAAAAAGUUUUUUGAUAUAAAUCCUGCUCCUAGAGCUUUAGUGGCUGCACAUUUAAAGGGUCCUGCACGUUUGCAAAUUGAUCUUAUUGCUAUAAAAACAUUAGACAAUAUAAAGAGAGAUACAAUGCAUGUACAAGGCAUUUCUUAUUGGGCACCUGCAAAUAUUGGGCCUUAUUCGCAAAGUGUUAUGACACAAGGUCAUGCCUUUAUUGCCGGUCAAAUUGGACUUGUGCCCAAUAAGUUAAAUUUACCUUCACCUGGUUCAUUUGCAGAAGAAGCAGCUCUAUCUUUACGUAAUUUAGAAAACAUUGUAUCUGUACUUGAUUUAAAUUUGAAGAAAGAUACAGCUGUUUGCUGCUGUUAUGUUAGUAACCCAUCUUAUUUACCACUUGCUCAAGCUGCAUGGAAGGCAUAUAUAAAUAGCGAUAAUCAAAUUCCUCCCACUUUAUAUAUAGCUGUACCAUCUCUUCCCAAAGGAGCAAUGAUAGAAUGGCAGGUUAUCUUGAAUGCUCCUUUACCUAACCUUAUAGAAGAUGAUGAUGAUACCUCGGAUGAAGAAGAAGAAAAGAUAAUUAAAAGACUAGAUUCCCUAAAAUUUGGAGAAGGCUCUUUAGAUAUCAAUAUUAUUCCUAAUGUUUUUAGCAGAAUAUUACCUAAAAAGAAUUUUACUACAAUUGCUUUACAGUCAUCAGAUAGCGCUACUGAUUUUGAAGAAAUUAUUUUGCAUAUUAUCGAAACUAUUGAAGAAAGUUUAAAUCAAUGUGAAAAGAAAUGGAAGCAAAUACUUUCUUUGAGAGUCUUUUAUUGUGACAAGUUAGAUAUCACAAAUCAAACUUGUAGAAACUUGUUACAAUUAGAGAUUCUUAAGCGUUCAGAGUAUUUGCCUGUUAUUACUUGUAUUCCUGUCAAUGCUCUGGGCCCAGAUGGGAACAGUAUUAUGGCCUGUACAUUACAUGUUUUAUAAAACAAAAAAAAAAGUAUAUUAUUUACAUAUAAAUUCACUAGAAAAAUAAUGAUUCGAUUUAGUAACAUACAUACAUAUUUCAGAAUAAUGUUACUACUAUAGAGUGGUAGAAAACUACAUCUAUGCUCUUGGUUUGAAAGAAUUUCUCAAUAAGACUGUCAGAAUUAAAUAAAGAUUAAUAUUCCCUUUUGCUAUUUGUCAUUAUUUAUUUACUUUUUACUCUUUUUCACUUUGACUAGUCCAGUAAUGAUAUUCAUACUGAACAGAAGUUACAGAAUUGGGAUUGCUAAAUUAUAAAUAUGCCGAAGCUCUUUGUAACCCCUCCCCCUUUUUUUUUUCGAAGUUCACAAAAUAAAAAAGCAAAAACUAGUGCUCUUAAUUUAGAAC